UCGUGGGAGGGUAGCAAAUGCAGCAUCUGCUCGUACAUCACAAGAAAGGGCGAAAGCCUAUUUCAAGAAAUUGGAAUCGGAGGUGGAGAAAUUGAGUCAGGAGAAUGUCCAAUUGAAGGCGCGAGUCAAUGUGUUGGAGACCCCGCAGAAAAAUACGCAGUUGUUGACCACUCCAGCUUACCAGAGCGACCCUGGCGUUAUGGAUUUGGAUAUGCCAAACAUAGGCAUCAAUCCGGCGUUGUUUGAUGACCAUGAGGGUAGCAAAUGCAGCAUCUGCUCGUACAUCACGAGAAAGGGCGAAAGCCUAUUUGAAGAAAUUGGAAUCGGAGGUGGAGAAAUUGAGUCAGGAGAAUGUCCAAUUGAAGGCGCGAGUCAAUGUUUUGGAGACCCCGCAGAAACAUACGCAGUUGUUGACCACUCCAGCUUACCAGAGCGACCCUGGCGUUAUGGAUUUGGAUAUGCCAAACAUAGGCAUCAAUCCGGCGUUGUUUGAUGACCAUGAGGGUAGCAAAUGCAGCAUCUGCUCGUACAUCACGAGAAAGGGCGAAAGCCUAUUUGAAGAAAUUGGAAUCGGAGGUGGAGAAAUUGAGUCAGGAGAAUGUCCAAUUGAAGGCGCGAGUCAAUGUUUUGGAGACCCCGCAGAAAUAUACCCAGUUGUUGACCACUCCAGCUUACCAGAGCGACCCUGGCGUUCUGGAUUUGGAUACGCCAAACAUAGGCAUCAAUCCGGAAUUGUUUGAG